AUGGCUGCCAAAGCGACCGGUCGUCGGCCGUCAGUCAGCUUCCAUAUGGAGACUAGAAGUCGCACCGCAAAAAUCACCCCAGAACCAACCGACGCCUCUACAGUAGGUUCAUGGCUGUCAUCGGCAUCAUCAUCCCCCCUGUCAACACCCCCGUCCACUCCGCCAAAGAGUCCAAAAUCUCGGAAACGAAAGAUGGCCGAUUCAGGCUCGGAUGAAGCCGAACAUGUGCCAAAGACGAAGCGCCGUGCACGGCAAACCUCAACAGCUGCGACCCUGGCUGUUAGCGCCACUGCACGCCAGCGAAUGACCCGGAGGACCAUUCCAGAUAGUGAUGGAACUGUUACCAUCACUAAUAGAGGCCCUCCGUCAACCUCACCGUCAGCUAGUCCGCCAGAAUCGGCCACGGCGCUAAGACGAAGCUCCCGUAUUCCCCGGUCUGACACAGUCGAGGUCGGCCAUGAUCUCAGCCACGCUGGAAACCAAACUUCUUCACCAUCUAAUCAAACAGAGCAGCCUAAUGCUUCGUCAGGGGAAUCUCAGAAAGCAUCGUCAAACGCCCCCGAGGCGGUGCCAAAGUGUAAUCGCACCUCACGACCUGCCGAGGAGAAAAUUGCGGCCAAGGCGCACAUCAGCUUCCAGGAGUACAAAGAUAAGGAGUCCUGGCCAGAAUAUGAUGCGAAGAAUCCAAUAUACCACGCAAAUGAUGGCACCACUCGCUACCGUCCAGCAGAGAACGGCGACACUCCCGAGUCCCGCUCUCCUAGGAAGCCGGGCAGAGGGGGCGGCCGUGGUGGCCGUGGAGGUGCUCAUGCAACUGGCGGUGGACGUGGUAAAGGCAAGUCAAGAGGUAGAGCUGGUCGCGGAAAUGGCGAAAGUCCUGAACCUCCAAAUCGAAGACGACCACUGACACAGGACGAAAAACUCGAGAUCUCCAUACUCAAGGCGAGGCAGCUGGAGUUAAAACGAUUUUUCAGCACCGUGGGCGCUCAGCAGAUUGACAUCCUUGAACAACUCUCAAGCCGAGACAUUUCCAAAAUUGCCAGGAAGCCAAAGGCCCACAGACACGUCCCAGAGUACGACGGUGUCGUGGAGGAACUUGAGUCCACCAUGAGAGAUGUGCAAGACCUCGCCCAAACACGAUACCGCAUCCAGCUCGAGCAUGAAAUGCAGCGACUGCAGCGAGAGAAAGAAGUUAUUGAAGCGCAGUUCGAGAACCGCGUCACCGAAGCCCGCAGAGAGCAUCUUGCCGGCGCAGAAGGAGACAUCAUACUCUUCGAGCGAGCUUACCGCGCCGCUCACGACGACACCCACACCGAAUCCGGCUCCGAUAUGGAUUACUUCCCACAUUAUCACGAACUUCCCGAGCCGAAUACUCAACCACGCGGGUACUCGUCCAGAAAAAUCAUGGACGAAAAGCCAUUUAGGCAACAGCUGGAAUCUUACGACGAACAAGCCCGCCAACAAGUGCUCAAUGAGGAUGUUAUUGGCCCCUUAUUGAAGCAAAUGGAACAGCGAAACGAUGAUUGGCGAACUGAGCAACUUCGAAAGAAAUCGCAGACCAUGGAUGCUCUUUCUGUGGAAGCGAUCAAGGAACUCGAGAAUAUCAAGGGUUACCUUAUCCCAAGGCCUCUCGACAUGGCGGACACUAGUUCGUACGCCCUGUCGGCGCUCGCGGACGUUUCUGACUGGGUUGCACAACAACACUCCGAACGUCAGUACAUCUACAUGCCUCUUGCCCCCGGCGAUGUCUUCGCAAGACAAGCUUUGGAUUUCUCUCCACUUCCUGGCCAAGCACCACCGCCCGUAACGCCAGCACCACCGCAACCAUCAUAUCAAGUGAUCCGACCAGACUCAAGGAGCCGUGGCCGACGAGCGAAAUACCCUCCCCUGAGCAACGCACGGGCAGGCGUCCGCGUUGCCACUCCUCCACCUCCAAGCCCUUUACCGGCACCGCCAGUUGGACCUGCUUCUUUUCUCCCACCGCGCUUGAUUUCAAGCGGCCCCGGCCAACCGAUCGCUCCUGCACCGCCAAAACCCGUCUCAUCGCAUCGCUCAUCAAACAACAUCAACGUCUUCCGGCACAAUGCCCGACCCAGUCUUCAUCAUCACGGCUACCCUCGCCACAACUCCGUCGGCUCUCCGCUACAAAAUGGUCCACAACAAUUCAUCUUCCAACCUCCUCAACAGCCAUACCAACAUCAAGCCGCCCCUGGACCAGCACCGACACAACAAUACGGUCCACCGCCGGCUAGUCCGGUAAGUUCUGGAAUAGUCGCUCACAGCGCUGUUACUACCGCUAGUGCAGGCGCAGGCAUGAACCCAGGCGCAAUUAUCGGUGGGGGGACUGGCGGUGGUGGUCCUCCUAUGCAGGUUGUAGGCCAACAGACCAAAAUCCCCAUGACAUUUGUGAAUCAGACGAUUGCGAGUCGGAAUGCCGCUGCAGCUGCGGCAAGCGCAGGUGGGAGUGGUAGCACGCCGGGCGGGAAUGGGCAGGGUAACGGAAAGAGAGUCUUGCUGCCGAAGGUCUAA